AUGAAUCCAUCCACCAACAUGAACGGCUCACAGCAUGCCAAGGGUCAAUCAUACAACAUGCUCGAUGGCAUCCAGUCGUAUGCCGGCCCAGAAACACUUCAAAAUGGAGAGGAUCUUUCCCGCUUUUUCGAUCCCGACCUCUUCGAGUCUACUGCAAUUGGCAAAGGCUUCUCGCAGCCGUCGCUCCCCAGAUCCGACGCAGGGGGUGGCCGACAGUCCCAUACGCCAGACAUGCACCAGUACAGCGCUCCCCAGCAAAAUUACUCUCAACCUCAAUACUCGCAACCCUUCUACACCACUCAGCAGAUGAAUCAGUCGUCUUUUGAUCCUCGCUUCUACUCGCGACCUUCUCCCACACCAGCCAGUUUCGAUGGAGGUUAUCCGUACCAGGCCCAUGUGGGUUUCACGCCUCAGCAUUUCACCUCCCAGCAAAUGAACAUUCCGCAACGGCAGACUCCUACUCCCACCCAGAGUUAUCCCCCGAGACAGCAGCAGCCUGCUCAAUUUGUCAACAUCGCGCAGCGUCCGUCGCAGCUGUCACAUGUUCCCGGCGCCGAUAUGAUGCGCUUUGGAUCUUUCCAUGUCCAAGAUCAAGCCCAGCCGCCGUCGAAUCGGUUCGUGGAUCCGUCCAUGUUGACUGCGAACCAGCCCACAAACACAAGUACAAAAAACGGCAACCACACUUUCCAAGCCCAACAAUCUUACCUACCGUCGUCUUACUUUAACCCUGGACCUACCGUGGACCCGAGAUCAUUGCAAAGUGCACAAUCGAUGCCUUCCGCAAAAAUGCCCCAGCCGGGUAAGGAGAACCGCCCAGAUUGUGGACCUUGGCUGACGAAAACAGUGGUAAUCGUACCCAAGCUUGAGCAAGCAACGAAGCCUGCGGCCGCCAAAGAUCCAACUGCGCCAAAGAAGCCACGAGGUCGACCGCGGAAGGACGCUUCUGCACAAGCUGGAGAUCAAGCUGCUGGGUCUGCGGCGUCUUCUGACGAUGAGCUAGAGAUCGAGGAUGAGGAACCUCCAGAGAUGACCCCAGCCCUCCUUGCCGUGUCCAUGCCAGCCGACGAACGUGGGAGAGCUCUCUAUCGUGCUGUGCAAGCUGUCUGGAGUCCUCGCAACAAACCAGUUGACCCCGAGAAGGUUCGUGGCGGUAUUGCUAACUAUGGUGACACGAUUCGAGGCUUGAGAGAUGCCUGGAAGACCAAGAACGAAACUCUUAGAAAGGCUGAGCUGCCAAAUUCACCCACGGCUGCAGAAGCUGCUCGAUUGAAGGAGGAGGUUGCGCGCUAUCGACAAGUCCUGGAAACGGUCAUGCUGAGAUCCUUGCAGUACAGCCACCCAGCGAUUCUCAAGAGACUAGGUGAAAAUCAAUUCACAAUGUCAGCGUUGUCCUCCUUCAUCCUCGACAGAAUCAAUGUUUCGGAUUUCGACAGUCCACUCACCAAUGCAAUUCUCAGGUUUGUCGUCAAUUUCGAAACACUUGACUCGGAAAUGCUGGAAAUGACGAAGCUGUCGAAGAUCCUGCAGCGACUAACGAAGAAAGCGACAUCCGAUAUCAAGACUCUGGCUCAAACGGUUCUCGAUAAUGCUGCGGCUGCUUCGGCAAAGAAGGCUGCCGCUGGUACCGAGAAGAAGUCUGACAAGCCAGGCUCACCUCGCUCUGUUGGCAGUCCAGCAGAUGGGUCACGGAAGGAUGUGAGCGCUGGGACAAAGCGUGCCAGAGAGGGUGAGGCAUCUAGUCAGCCUGCCGCGAAGAAAGCUGUUAGAGUCAUUCCCCAGGCUUCAAAGCCUCUUGCUGUGCGACUGGAAGAGAAGAGGAAGGCAGAGGAGGCGGCUAAACGCGCAAAGACGGGGGAGAAGACCGCCGCGGCCGCAUCAACGGCGGCGCCCAGUACUUCAGCUGCCAACCCAACCACAAAAUCCAAAGUGGCGGUCACUGCUCCUCCGAAGGCUUCUAUCUUUGCGGCUUUAAGCUCCGUUCCCAAGAAGCCAGGCACCUCAAAUGCCGAACGGGCCGCGGUAGCUGCGAAGGAAAAGACAAGCCCAGCCGCUGGUCCUUCUGUGCCCUCGCGGACGCUCAAAAAGGAAUCACCUCCGCGCAACGUUGGGCCUACGCCAGUCGCAAAGAGCGCAAGCUCAUCCUCCUUUUUGGGCGUCUUGCUGGACAUGGAGAAGAAGCCAGACAAGGAGGUGAAGAAGGAAACGGAGAUCCCGAAUGAGACAGAAGAGCAAAAGAUGAAACGGCUGCGUAAGGAAGCCCGACGGAAAUUGAGAGUGGCAUGGAAAGCGGACGACAAGCUCGUGGAGACUCGUUUCUUCACUCAUGAUCCGGACGAAGAGCUUGGCCAAGGUGACCGCCUCAAGGCUAAUGCCGGCGGCGGCCGUGAAGGUGAAGCGCUUAAGCUUCACAAAAACAUGGAAGACCUGGAUGAUGAAGAGGACGAGGACUCGUUUGAGGAAUUUGAGCCGUACACACCGCCCUCCGAAGUGGACUUCACGUAUCUCGAAGACCCUUCGCUUGGCGACGAUUCACCACACAAGACUAAUUCUCCGAAAUUCGGGGGCUCACUGAGACCCGAAAGUCGGAGCAGGGAGGCCCAAGACAAAUACGAACAAGACACACUCAUGGCGAUCUACACGUCCAAGGCCGAUCGGCCACCGACCCCCAAGGAGCCCACGGAAGAGGAGGAUUUCGAGCCUGCCGAACCCGAAACUCCCUUUGGUGAACCGACCGAGCUGACGCGUGAGCGCGAGAAAGCGCACCAGGCACGACAAGUCCGAACAGUCCCUCAGCCAUCGAUCGACCUGAACGCACUGGCUCAAGCCAUGGCCGCGCAGCAGAGACCCCAGCAACAAUCUGCCGGACUCACGCCGGAACUCCAGCGUGCUCUGGGCAUGUUCGCUCAACCGGCCCCGCCUACCCCGGUGCCUCAAGCCACGCCUGCUCCGGGCGUGAAUCUCCAAGCAAUCCUCCAAUCCGUCCUUGGUCAGCAAAUGCCAAGUCAAACCCAACAGCCAGUGUAUCCUGCCACCACCGAAUCCGCUCCAUUCGCCCAAAACAACCUCAGUGCGCUCUUGGCCUCGAUGCAACACGGCACCCAAGGGACGUCAGCUGCUAAUGCACUACCGCUCGGCAUGGGUGGCAAUCCCAACCCAUUCCCUGGCGGUGUUGAAGACUCAUCGCGCAAGCACGGCCGAAGUGACUCUGACGGCGUCGAUGAUGAGUAUGGCAGAAAAGGCGGCAACAAGAAGAAAAAGGCCGACGCGAAGCCGUACAACUACAAGACUCAGACCUGCACGUUUUGGCAGCAGGGCAAGUGUCUGAAGGGCGAUUCGUGCACCUAUCGUCACGGCGAGGACGAUGAGUAG